AUGGCGCCGAAAGGGAAAGGGCGUGGGAAGGGAUGGAGCAAUCCAGAAGUGAUGUCGAUGUUGGACUGCAUCGAAUCGCAUCUACGACUUGGAUCAAACCAAUGGGAUGAUGUGCAGGCGGAUUAUAAUUCGCGGAUUGAGCAAAACAGCGUCUGGGUUGUACGCGACACGGAGAGUAUGCGUCGGAAGUUCAAGUCCCUCCGCAACUCCAAGAAAUCAACCGGCGACCCCGACUGUCCAGAGGACGUAAAACGCGCCAAACGAAUCAACCGCGCCAUGGAGGCUCGGAUGUCCGUUCUCGAUAUGGGAUCUGGUGACGAAAACGAGGACAAUGAAAACGAUGUCAACAACGACAGCGACGGCAGCUCCGACCCUCCAUCAGCCCCGACACCGGUAUUUUCACCUUUUACUCUUUUUGCAACGCCACGGACUGGCUUGGACCCUACAGAACUUGCGACGAUCGGUCAGUUAGCGAACAGCGAGCAGACCAUGAGCCAAACGGCCCAACGCCGUCGUCGAAUUGACGAAAUCCUGGCUGAUAGCGCGGAAAACGAAGCCAUCAAGCGUCGUUUGGUGUUUGAGCAGCGUGACGCGCGAAAACACACGUUUGGAGUCCUAGCAGCCAUGCAAGAGCGACAGCAAGCGAUGGAGCUAGAGUACCGCCAAUAUCAAAUGCAACUUGCUGCUGAACGUGAUGAGCGAGAAGCUAAACGCCUGGAGCGACUAGAAGCAAUGGAUAUCCAACGCGAAACGCGUCAAGCUAAGAUGGACCAAAUCAUGGUGGCCAUGAUGUCCAAAUUCCUUGAGAAGUAG